AUUAUUUAAUGAGUGUCUGGUUCGCACACUUCUCACAAUUUAGAACGAUUACAAUUAUUGAGUAGAGGUUGGUUCUGGCAAACUAAGAUCAUGGAAAAGUUCUCGAACGUAUCAGGAAGUUCAGUUUUGGUACCAUCAGUUCAAGAGUUGGCCAAACAAAAUUUGGCUACUGUUCCAGAAAGAUACAUUCAGCCUCAACAUGAACAGCAAAUGGUGCAUAUUUCUCAACAACCUAAUACUGCCACCCUUCAGAUUCCAGUUAUUGACAUGCAGAGAUUGCUUUCUCAAGAAUCUGCAUCUUCUGAAUUGGAUAAGCUUCACCUUGCUUGCAAGGAAUGGGGAUUCUUUCAGCUGAUAAACCAUGGAAUAAGCUCAUCGAUGGUGGAGAAAGUGAAAUUGGAGAUGGAAGAUUUCUUCAACCUUCCAAUGACGGAGAAGAAAAUCUUUUGGCAAACUCCAGAACACAUGGAGGGUUUCGGACAAGCAUUUGUUUUCAGUGAAGAUCAAAAGCUAGAUUGGGGUGAUAUGUUCUACAUGAUCGCCCUUCCAAAGCACUCCAGAAUGCCCCACUUAUUUUCACAACUCCCUCUUCCUUUCAGAGACACUCUAGAAGUUUACUCAGAAAAGAUGAAGGAUCUAACUAUGGAUAUUGUUGGGCAUUUGGCAAAAGCAUUGGGGAUAGAAGAAGUGGAAAUAAGAGAGAUAUUUGAAAAUGGGAUACAAAUGAUGAGAAUGAAUUAUUACCCUGCAUGUCCUGAACCAGAAAAAGUGAAUGGCCUAACAAAUCAUUCAGAUCCAACAGCUCUCACCAUCCUCUUACAAAUAAAUGAACAACAAGGAUUGCAGAUAAGAAAAGAUGAAAUCUGGGUUCCUGUUAAACCCUUGCCAAAUGCCUUCAUUGUUAAUGUUGGGGACAUCUUGGAGAUUAUUACGAAUGGAACAUAUCGGAGUGUUGAGCAUCGAGCAACAGUGAAUUCAGAGAAGGAAAGACUUUCAUUUGCAACAUUCUAUAGCCCUAGAGAAGAUGCUGUCAUAGGUCCUUCACCAUGUUUGGUAACUGAUCAAACACCACCACAGUUCAAGAGUAUCAGAGUGGAUCAGUAUUUUAAGGACUUUUUUGCUCGAAAACUUGAAGGAAAGUCCAACAGAGAUAACAUGAAAAUAGAGCAUCCUAAUUGAACUUGUUCAAAUUACCAAAAAAAUAUGUUUUUCAUCAGUGUUGUUUGUGCACAGUAGAAUAAUUACAUGUAUAAUAAUGUGCACAGUGAAUCAUCCGUAAGAUAUUGAAUGUGGUCCUAUAGCACGUGUAAUGUAAUUUGUCAUCUAUAUCAUAAAUGUAUGCUUGAUGUCCAA